CAGCCAACCACCACAAAUGAGAAUCAGUUCUCAAAAUUUAAGUCAUCAUCAAAGUCUCCCCCUCUCCCCCUGUCUCUCAAAUCUCGAAUCCUGAUUCUGGUUUCUUGUGCUACAGCUCCUGGAGGGCAGCCAAUUGAGAAAGUAAGGUAAGAACAAACUUGAAGGAGUAUCUGGGUAAAAAAGAAUAGAGAGGGGGGAAACAAUGGAGUUGGAAGCAGUGAAGAAGUUGUUGGAGAGAACAUCAUCAGAAGGGGAGGAAAUGUAUGACUUACCAGGCUCAUUAUUCGACCCUCUAAUCAUUCAAGGAAUCAAAGUUGAUCUUAUGGAACCAGGUCGAAUUGUUUGCUCCAUGAAAGUCCCUCCUCGUCUCCUUAACUCUGGUAACUUCCUACACGGUGGAGCAACUGCAUCUCUUGUUGAUAUAAUUGGGUCUGCUGCAAUUUUUACAUCUGGUGCUAAAACAAGUGGUGUUUCUGUUGAAAUCAACAUUUCUUACCUGGAUUCUGCGUAUCUUGAUGAAGAAAUUGAGAUUGAAUCGAAGGUUUUACGGGUUGGAAAAGCAGUUGGAGUUGUCACAGUGGAGAUAAGGAAGAAAAAAACUGGGAAGAUUGUUGCUCAGGGGCGCCAUACCAAAUAUCUUGCUGUCUCUAGUAAACUCUGAAACAACCCCUUUUUAAUUCUUUGUUCAGAAAAUUUGAUUAAUAUUCACUAGCAUAAUUAUAGUUCCUUCAUAUUCUGAUUUCUUGAAUUUAAAUUGUGUGAUCACGAAUACUUAUGUAAUUAUACGCGAUAUACGAAUGCUAGUAUCUAAAUAAGGUUUCCACUGUUCA